CCCGGCUAAUAAACAGCUGUUUUUGACAAGCGGUUAUUCAAUAGCCCUUGUGGUGGUCCCCGAUUAAAUAGUUAAAAAUACCGGUUAGAAUAUUAGUUUAACAAAUUCUUAAAUAAAAUUGUAAAUAAUUAUUCAAUUUAAAAUGUUGUCAUUGCGUACGCUACUGCGGAGUAGUCGGUCCGUGGUAACAAUUAGUCAACAUGGUUUCAAAAGUGUGUCGACUUCAAAAUUUGGUUUUAAUGGACGUCUUUUGGCACCAACUUGCUGUUUUCAAACUCCUCAGCAAACAGUUGUUGCCCAACAACUACGGUUGUACGCUUCUAGCAGUCCCAAAGAAGUUGAAGAUGUACGUGUUUACCAUGGCAGUUUGGCGCCUCGGAUGAAAGCUGUAAAAAUAUUUUCACUUACUACCAGCUUGGCAGGUUUGGCCGCACAACCGAUACUAUUGGAGCAAGGUUUGAAUAUGGGAGGCAAACCAAUGGCGGUAUUUCUGUGUACUUUUGCUGGUUUCUUCACAUUCGUGACACCGCUUCUACUGCACUUUAUCACGAAAAAAUAUGUUACCGAAAUUCAUUAUAACCCAAAAACAGAGGAAUACACGGCGACAACAAUAUCACUUUUACUAUUUAAGAUUAAGACAAAGUUCAAGCCCGAGCACGUUAAAGUACCUGAAGUGCCUGGUAUGUUUACAUCCUUUCUGGUGCAUGAUAAACCAUUGUUCGUGGAUCCUGCUCUUUUCGAAGAUCCUGAUCACUAUGCGCGUAUUAUGGGAUAUGACAAGCCAGUGGAUUUUAAAUUAGAUUUCACAGAUAAUUCAGCUAAAGCUGACAAAACGAAUAAGAAAGCGCAGUGAAUUUGUUGAGCAAUAAAUAAAAACAAUUUAGAAAAGCUA